AUGGGCCCACAUGAACCCUACUGGCGAACCAACACCAGCUUCUCUCCUCCACCACCAAGAUGGGAUUUCCGAUUCCAUUCCGAAGUUGAAUCAUUCGAUUCCCAAGAAGGAAACCGUUUAUACGGAUCUUCAACAUCUUCAAACAGUAGAGAAAGUAGAAACUGGUUGAGAACAAAUUACUUACCAAAUCAUCGGCAUUCUAAUUCCGAUGGAAUUGGGGCUUUUUUUGGUACCCCAUCUGACUUAUCUCCAGCUCAGCAAUGGACUCCUCCAGCUAUACAAGAAAUCAGCCUUCAUGAAAGAGUUUUGGUGCCAUUAUCAUUUUCUCCAACUUCUGAGGUACUAUCUGUUCCCCAUGAAAACAGAGCUUCCAUUUCUUCCAAUUCAGACAGUAGUGAUUUCGCUGGUCGGGGUUGUUUCAUGUCCAAACCGGUCCAUCCAGUCAACUCCGGAAUUCAUGAUUCCGAUGACAGACACCGUUCCAGUUGUGAGUUUGAGUUUUCAGAUGUUUCAGAACCAAUUGAAUCCGAUUCUCUUGACAGAUUAAGUGGUGGUUUUGAUAAAUGUGGCUUCUGUGAGAGGUUUCUUUCACAGAGAUCACCGUGGAGUUCCCGCCAGAUUAUCAGAAGCGGAGAUUUUCCGGUGACCGGAGUUCUCUCCUGCCGCCAUGUCUACCAUGUAGAAUGUUUGGACCAAACAACACCAAAAACACACAAAGGGGAUCCUCCUUGUCCCAUUUGUUCUAAAUCUGAAUCUAAAAAAGAUUCUCCUGAACAACGGGUUUUGUCAAAAUUGAAAAACGGGGUCCCAUGUAAUGCUAUGUUGUUGAUUAACCAAAAUCGGAUAAAAAAGGGGGUGUUGAUGAAGGGGAGCUCCGGCAAGGAGUUCGCCGGAAAACUUAAGGGUUUUUCACAAUGGGGUGGUGGUGGUGGUGGGGAUGGGGUUGGAUCAUCAAAGUCAGCAUCAAGUUCAAGAAAGAAGUUAUGAAGUGGUAAUGGUACUUUGUGUGUAUAUAAACUACAAAGCAUAAAAGGUUGGUGGUUUUGAUUUUUAACUUGUAGCAAGAGACCCAAAUUGCUCAUCUUGGGUUGAAAAUUUUCCUUUUUUUGUAAGGUAUGUAAAAUAUGAUAUCUAAUUUGCUGAUUUUUGGUAGUCAAGAUCGCAUAGGUUGUGUUGUAUGUGAUAGGAGUAAAAUUGAUUUGAUAUUGAUCAUACUUGUAUCUACAUUUGCUUGUGCUUAAUGUGGAUACGGAAAUAUAUGUUUUGAUUGUGACUUUACUUUUACAAACCGGUCGAACAACCCCAAACUACAAGGGUUACUAAGAAAAGAAAGAAAGAGAAUACAUAUGGUCUUGAUUGUUGGGUUAUGAUGAAUGGGAGGGAAUAUACUACAUGUUGAGGAAGAUGGAAGUUGUGAAAAUAAGGAUGUUAUGGUAGACAUGCGAUACAAAGAUGUAGAAAAUAUAAAUAAGUUAGGGUGAUGGACAUGUUAGGCAACAGGAAAUUCUAUUUGUACCUUCCUAAUUGCUUUGUGUACCACCUCAAUGUGAGUGUAAUAGUGUGUACCCCGUUACAAAU